UUCACCUUAUGUGAAGGUUGGCGACCCCAGAGUUUACCUAUGUGGUACCCGUCGAAGAGCUUCGUUUGCUUCCGUGUUGCUGACAUGCUGUAGUGUAGUUGCUGCCGGCGCCAAUCACUGUAGCGCGGGAGCGAGCGGUUGGCGGGAGAGAGAGGAUGGUGAUUACGGCGAGGUGGAGAUGAACUGAAGAGGAACUGCGAUACUGCUCCGGCCAUCGGCGGCCGAUUUGACGAGUGAUUGGAAGAUUAAUGGAGCGGGAAGAGUAAAAGGGAAAUGAGUGGAUGCGAUUACUUUAACAUAGCGACUCUAUCCGAUAGACGCGUCUUCUUAAAGGGUUUACUACAAACUGGUUAGUAAGCAUAUGUACAAGCCUCGGAUCUCCUCCUUCAUUCCCCAGUCCCUUGCUCAUUCCCCCAUAGCCGAAAGUCGAGUGCUUGUAAUCAAUUCCUGAAGAUUCUGAAUUGGUUAUCUGGAUUGCGUUUAGAAGAGGAUGGAGCUAACCGGGUCGAAUGCUAUCGCUUCGUCAUCCUGUUCCCCAUAUUCUCUUCCAGUGGUAGAGUAUGAGGUUUUCUUGAGCUUUAGAGGUCCCGACGUGCGCACGACUUUCGCAGAUUUCCUCUAUAGACUCCUGGAUCGUCCCAAGAUACGGACCUUUCUUGACGACGAGGAGCUUCGCAAGGGGGAGAUGAUUUCCCCUUCUCUCGUCAAGGCAAUCGGGGAGUCCAGAAUAUACAUCCCGAUCCUUUCCCCAGGUUAUGCAUCUAGCAAAUGGUGCCUCCAGGAGCUAGCUCUGAUGUUGGAACGAUACAAGCAAGAUGAAGGUAGUCACAUCAUAUUGCCCAUUUUCUAUUUGAUGGAGCCUAGAGAUGUGCGACAUUGUAAGGGUUCCUACGAGGAAGCAUUGGAACAACAUAGAUUAAAGUAUGGUGAAGAAACCAUUAGGGUCUGGAAGGAUGCACUCGAGGAGGUCGGGCAAAUGACUGGGUGGCGUGUAACCGAAUCAGAUAGACAGGGAGCAGUGGCAGAAAGCGUGUUCUCUGAGGUGUGGUCACACAUAAAGGGGAAUUACACAUUAUUGACGAAUGAGCUGAUUGGAAUCGAUUCUCACGUAAACCAUGUGAUGGAGUUGCUAAAAUCAGAUUUUGAAGGCGGCAUCAAUGUCGUUGGCAUUCAUGGUAUGGGCGGUAUUGGUAAGACCACUAUUGCCAAAGCCGUCUAUAACAAGGUCUUCACACAAUUCGAGCAUCAUUGUUUUCUAGAAGAUGUACGAGAAACACUAUCGUUGAAGAAUGACGGUGUUACAACUCUGCAAAGUAAGAUUAUUUCUAGCAUUCUAAGAGAUGAUCACAUGGUUAGAGAUGCUAGUCAAGGAAUCCACAUUAUAACAAAUAGAGUAUGCCCCCGCAAGGUUCUCAUUGUUCUUGAUAAUGUGGAUGAUCGGUUUGAGUUUGGGCAAAUCUUAGGCGAAGUAAGAAAAUUUUCUCCUGAAAGUAGAUUUAUCAUCACAACAAGAGAUAAAAGGGUGUUGGAGUUGCUUCAAGUAUCUAAGUUGUAUGAACCUAGUGGGAUGAGUCAUGACCACUCCCUUCAACUACUUCGAAGACAUGCUUUUAGAAUGGAUAACCCCCUAGAAGAUAAGACUACUUUGUGCGAAGAGUUUGUAAAAGUUGCUGCGGGACUUCCUUUGGCUCUUGAAGUUAUAGGGUCUCUUUUGUUUCGUAGAGAUAGAAAAUUCUGGGAGGCGAAGUUGAUAGAACUAAAGAGAAUUCCUCCCACCAAGGUGCAAGAGAGAUUGAAAAUAAGUUAUGAUGAGUUGAGUGGUAGUGAAAAACAAAUUUUUCUCGACAUUUCUUGUGUUUUUAUAGGAGAAAAUAAGGAAUUGCCUUUCUAUAUGUGGAGUGAUUGUAAUUUUAAUCCGGAAAGUGGAAUUAGUACUCUUAUUUUGAGGUCCUUGUUAAAGGUGGACGUGGAUAACAAGUUUUGGAUGCAUGACCAUGUACGAGACAUUGGGAGAAUGAUAGUUCGUGAAGAAGAUGAACAACAUCCUUGGAAGCGCACAAGAAUAUGGUCCAACGAGGAUGCUGUAGAUAUGUUAAUCAAUGGAGAGGGAGCCGACCUGGUGGAAGUUCUUAAAGUUGACAUGCGUUAUGAGGAUUUUGAACUCAUGGAGAAGGAAUUUCAGAACUUGUCAAAGUUGAGAUAUCUCGAAGUGCACUCUGGAAGGCUGACCGGAGAUUUCAAGAAUAUUCUUCCGAAUCUACGUUGGUUGCGCCUUCAUUAUUGCCGUUCAAUCCCUAUCAAUAUAAAUAUAACGAAAUUGGCAGUUCUUGAUCUGAGAUUCUGCCCUGUACGAGAUGACUGGAGAUGCUGGGAUAAAAUCAAGGCGGCACACAGGCUGAAAGCUAUAGAUGUAUCGUUCUGCGACCAAGUGACAAAAGUCCCGAAUUUGUUCGGAUGUCCAAGUCUCCAACGGAUAAAUUUCCUGGGUUGCGGAAACAUGAGCGGGGAACUUCACAUUGGCGAUUUGAAGGGUCUGAGAGUGCUAAACAUUGCCAGGACGAAGAUAACGAAGUUAAUAGGUGGCUUUGGAAGGCUUCAAAAUCUGCAAGAGAUCAAUGUAGGAUAUUCGCGCUUGAGAGAAAUUCCUACUAGCAUUGGUAAACUUUCCUCCCUCAAGAUCUUGGUGCUAGACAGGCUUGACAUUGAAGUACCAAAACUCCCCACGAGUUUAAAAGGGCUAUCCCUCUCAUCACCUAGGGUUCCCAAUCUUUUGGAGCUCAAGGACUUGGAGUGGCUACAUUGGAGUCGUGCACUUUUGAUUCCUGGGGACAUGUGGAAGCUGUCCAAGUUGAAGGAUUUGGAGUUGUGGCAGGUUGAGUGCAGAACCCUUAUUUUAUCCUCGCCUACCCUUCCAUCAUCUCUAAAUACCCUAUCGAUUUCAGGUUAUCAAUUUGUGCCUUUAGAGAGACUACCAAACCUUGUGAAUCAGAGUAACUUGACGUACUUGGAUUUGUCGGAGAUUGGGGUACAUGAGAUCGCUGGUCUGGGAGAGCUGAGAAUGCUGGAGAACUUCGACUUACGGGAUGCUUCAAAUCUAAUUGAUCUUGAUGGCCUCCAACAUCUAAAGCUUCUGAAGGAACUGCGUGUGUAUCGUUGUGAUGUACUGAGAAAACUGCCCAGCUUGUCAAAUUUGACCAAGUUACAGACGCUCAAGAUCUUUCGUUGUCCACUCCUCUCUGAAAUUCAUGGGCUUAGCGAACUGGCGGAACUAUCCACUCUACGGAUCAUUGAGUGUCGUAAGUUGACUGGGGUGAUGGGGAUUGACAAAUUGGAGUCAUUGCAAGUAAUGAAGAUUCGUGAUUGCUCUUCCAUUGAGGAGCUGCCUGAUGUAUCUGCUUUGGAGCAUUUGCGGGAGUUGAAAAUCACGGGAUGCAAUCAGUUGACUGAGGUGAUGGGGGUUGACAAAUUGGAGUCGUUGCAAGAAUUGACGAUUACUAAUUGCGUGUCGAUUAAGAAGCUCCCUGAUCUAUCUACUUUGAAGCUCUUGCGAGAGUUGACAAUAAGAGGAUGCAAUCAGUUGCCAGAAGUUGUGGGGAUUGAGCGAUUGAAGUCAUUGCAAUUAUUGGAGAUUACUGAUUGCACUUCGAUUGAGAAGCUGCCUGAUCUAUCUGCUUUGGAGCACUUGCGGGAGUUGAAAAUUACGGGAUGCAAUCAGUUGACUGAGGUGAUAGGGCUUGGUAAAUUGGAGUCAUUGCGAGAAUUGAUGAUUACUGAUUGCGCAUUGAUUAAGAAGCUGCCCGAUCUAUCUGCUUUGGAGCACUUGUGGGCGUUGACAAUUAUCAGAUGCAAUCAGUUGCCAGAAGUUGCGGGGAUUGAGCGAUUGAAGUCAUUGGAAUUAUUGGAGCUUACUGAAUGCACUUCGAUUGAGAGGCUGCCUGAUCUAUCAGCUUUGGAGCACUUACGGAACUUGAAGAUUACUGGAUGCAAUCAGUUGACCGAGGUGAUAGGGCUCGAUAAAUUGGAGUCAUUGCAAGCAUUGAGGAUUACUGAUUGCGCUUCGAUUAAGAAGCUGCCUGAUCUGUUUGCAUUGGAGCACUUGCGCGAGUUGAUAAUUACUGGAUGCAAUCAGUUGACAGAAGUUACGGGGAUUGAGAGAUUGAAGUGGUCAAGAUAUUUUACGAUAGACGAAAGGCUGAAGACGCAAAAGAGAUUGGAGCAUGAGAGAUGGGAGCUGUUGCAUAGGGCUAACAAUUCGCGCCCAAAGAAGUGGUCCAGAUUCCAUAGCUGCUGGGGAGUUUGUCGCAAAGACAGUGAUAUCAUAUCGUUAUAG